AUGGCUCGAGGCAAAGAAAUCUACCAUCUUGCACCAUCUGAGGACGAUGAAGAAUCGAUACAAAAUGAAAAGCUGAAUGACCCCAAUUUGAGGCGAAGGGAAAGAUGGUUGAAGGUCCAUAUGACCCUUAUUUCGUUUGCCUACCUCUUCCUCGUUGUCCUGUACUUCAUCUCCUUCAUGAAGCCUUCCCAGUGUCCCUCGUCAGAUCCAGCAGAUUCGCCUAUCCACUGGUCUGUCGUCAAUCCAUUUCCCUCGUUGAAUUCAGCCAGGGUACUAGAAUAUCAACCAUCCACCUUACCAGUGACCAUUCACAACAAUCCAUACGCGGGCAAACCUCGUCCAGAGCUCGAGGAGUCAUGGCACGACAUGUUCAGACACACCAACAUUCGCGUCCACAAGGAAGACCUCGACUACUACAACGUGAGCUCUCUACUAAUGACGAACCUACACGGGAAUGGUGGAUACUAUGUAGCGCAGAUGGGCGUGUUCCACGAGCUACACUGUUUGAAACGCAUUCGACAUUGGAUUUAUCGCUCGCACUAUCUGGCCAACUUCACAGACGAGCAGCUCAUCGAGGAAGAGGCCCACAUUGAUCACUGCAUUGAACUCAUGCGCGAGACAAUUUUAUGUCGUGGUGAUCCAACCCUCAGUUCGUUUCGCUGGGUUAAUCCAAACCGUGAGGGUGAUCCACACUUAACGGUGGAUGCGCCGGGGUGGCAUACUUGUGUGAAUUGGGAAAAGCUGCAAGUGUGGAAUGAUGAGCAGGCGGUAGAUCCAUUUGAGCCGGGUGCCUUGGUUGGUCUUGAUGAAUUAUAG